GUUGUGGCGGCGGCGGCGGCGCCCGGUGCCCUCUCUCUCUCUCUCUCUCAUUCCAACCUUCGCGGGCCCCUCCAUCGAGCGCUGGUGCCGUCGCCGCCCUCCUUCCGAGAGCGGGUCUCUGGCUGUGGCAGGUUCUGCUCUACGAUAUUCCUGAGCAUAAAGAUACGCUCGCAGAAUGAUCUGUGACCCUGGAAACCUGGCUGUUCUUCACGAAGGAUACUGUCAUCUUCUUUCAGUCCGCUGAAGAACACUGUGCUGAAGACCUUGACAGGUGUUACAUUGACUGACUGAUUUACAAGAUGACUGAUGCCAGUGAGAUGUUGGCUGCUGCCUUGGAACAAAUGGAUGGUAUCAUAGCAGGUUCGAAGACCUUAGACUACACAAAUGGCCUGUUUGACUGCCAGUCACCAAAUUCCCCGUAUAUUGGUGGGCUGCGCGUAUUACACCUAGUAGAAGAUCUUCGUGGACUGUUGGAGUUGAUGGAAAGUGAGGAGAAGGAUGGACUGCGGUGUCAGAUACCAGAUUCUACUGCAGAACUUCUGGGUGAAUGGUUACAGAGCCACCUGACAAAUGGCCAUCUCUCGGUCACCGGUGAUCCGUACCAGGAUAGACUGGCACGAUUAGAAGGAGAUAAAGAAUCUUUGGUUUUGCAAGUGAGUGUUCUAACUGACCAAGUGGAAGCCCAAGGGGAAAAGAUUCGCGACCUAGAGUGUUGUCUGGAUGAGCACCGAGAGAAGCUGAAUGGCACAGAAGAGAUGUUACAGCAGGAGCUCUUAAGCAGAACAUCACUGGAGACUCAGAAAUUGGACCUUAUGGCUGAGGUGUCAAAUCUGAAGCUAAAGCUGAAUACAAUGGAAAAGGACAGGUUGGAAUAUGAGGAGCGAUAUAAAGAUACUGAGGGGUUAUUUCAAGAGGUUAAUGAUCUAAGAGUGAAGGUAGUUGAGAUGGAAAAUGAAAAACUUCAGUUUGAAAAGAAGCUGAAAUCAACCAAGGAUGAGCUGGUGCAGCUGAAGGAACAAUUGGAGCAGAAAGACACGGAGGUCAAGAGGCUGUGCUCAGAAAUGAGUUACAAAACUGAAAUAGACGAAAGUGACAGUGGGGCAGAGGAAAGUUAUAAAAAGAAGCUGAAGGAGAAAAAUCUUGAAGUGCAUAAAAUGAAAAAAGCAGUCGAGUCACUCAUGGCAGCAAAUGAGGAGAAAGAUCGAAAAAUAGAAGAGUUGCGGCAGUCCUUGAAUAGGUACAAGAAAGUGCAGGACAUGGUGAUGUCAGUGGCUCAUAAGAAAGUAAAAGAAGGUGACAGUGACGAAAGCCUGAAUGGGGGAUCUGCUGGAGUUAAUGCCAGUGAAACAUUAGAAAUGGAGCUGGCUUCUACUUCACCAACCCCAGCAGCAGAGGGAGUGCCAGAAGCAGAGCCAGUUGAAAUCCACACAAGCAUCCUUCAUGUGCCAAUUCCAGUGGUUUCAUCUACUCCCAAGAGUCACGCUCAACAGGUAGAUAAGAAGAUGGACGCUGAAGUUGAAACAACAUCUGACAUUGGUGAAAUACAACCAGGUGAUAUCUCUUCCUUAGUUGAAGAAACUGUCAUAUGUGACAGUCCUAUAUUGUCAGAUGUACACAAGUUUGGUAGUCAGGAGAAUCUGAGAAUGGAGGAAGAGCACAAGAAAUUAUCCAUGGAACCUGCUCAACAGAGUCCUUUGGAGAAUAAAGCAUGUAUGGAGAUCAGUAAGUUCACAUCUCUGCCACCAAAGUCACCAACUGGGCAUCAGAAUUCACCGGAUGAUGAAAGUGCAGCCUCUAAAAAGGCCAGAGCUUCUUUUGGCCGUGGAUUCUUCAAGAUAAAAGGUGGCAAACGAACAGCUAGUGCACCUAACCUGGAUCGCAGUCGAAGUGCAAGUGCACCGAUGCUAGCUGAGACAGAGAGAGAAUCAGAGCAUGUGGAUGCUGCUGGUCUCCCACUGCGUGCAGUAGAGGCUGAUGGUUGUCAGCUGUUUCCAACCUCUCCUGAUUUGAAAAAGAAAUCCAAAGGAAUCAAAAAAUUAUUUGGAAAGCUUAAAAGAAGUCAAUCAACCACAUUUAAUCCUGAUGAUAUGACUGACACAGACUUCAAGAGAGGUGGAACCAGAAGUACGUCAGGCCCUAGGCUCGGCUGGUCCCGGGAUCUACAACAUGCUAAAACUGAUCUGGAUGCUCCAUUUGCAAAGUGGAGCAGAGAGCAGGUGUGUAACUGGCUGCAUGAUCAAGGACUGGGUAUUUAUGUGGGGGGUUCCAAAUCCUGGAUCACUUCAGGCCAGACUUUGCUGCAUGCAUCUCAGCAGGACCUGGAGAGGGAACUCGGGAUCAAACAUCCUCUGCACAGAAAAAAGUUGCAGCUAGCUCUGCAGGCAUUCGGCUCUGAAGAGGAAGAUAACAAAGGAAAGCUGGAUUACAAUUGGGUCACAAGAUGGCUGGAUGAUAUUGGAUUACCCCAGUACAAGACUCAGUUUGAUGAAGGAAGAGUUGAUGGUCGAAUGCUCCACUAUAUGACCGUGGAUGACCUAUUGUCGCUGAAAGUUGGAAGUGUUCUGCAUCACCUCAGCAUCAAGAGGGCAAUUCAAGUUCUCAGAAUAAAUAAUUUUGAAGCAAAUUGUCUUCGUAGAAGGCCAUCUGAUGAGAGUAACAUCACCCCUGCUGAAGUCUCCCAGUGGACAAAUCAUCGAGUGAUGGAAUGGCUACGAUCAGCAGAUUUGGCAGAAUAUGCACCCAAUUUACGUGGUAGUGGCGUGCAUGGUGGAUUAAUGGUGCUGGAACCUCGUUUUAAUGUGGAAACACUAGCGAUGCUGCUGAACAUACCUCCCAACAAGACACUACUUAGACGACACUUAGCUACUCACUUUAAUUUGCUGGUUGGUCCUGAUGCUCAACAGCAGAAGCGAGAGACUGUGGAAUCCCCAGACUAUUCUCUCCUAACAGCCACUGCCAAAGUAAAGCCAAGAAAGCUGGCUUUCAGUAAUUUUGGAAGCUUGAGGAAGCGGAAACAGGAUGAAGAAGAAUACAUAUGUCCAAUGGAACUGGGGCUCCCGGCAGGAACUGGCUUCAGACAAGGAAAUAAACAGGGACGAGGGAUAGAACUGAGAGUAUAUAACGAGGAAGACCUGGACAGGAUAGAACAGAUGGAUGACUCUGAAGGAACAGUGAGGCAAAUUGGAGCAUUCUCUGAGGGAAUCAAUAACCUAACACACAUGCUGAAAGAGGAUGAGCUGUUUAAAGAUUUGAGUGCUGGCUCUCCUUGCACCAGCAUGACUGACGAGGAUUCAAACGUGUGAUUGUGAAGCGAGACCCGACGCCUUGAAUAUGGAGAUGGCUUUUUAAAAAUUUUCUCAGACCAACACUACACACUGAAAUUCCUGCACUAAAUCAACUUGUAUUAUGUUAACAUAUAGUGAAAGCAAAUGCACAACACCACCAAUCAUUCAAAUAUUUAUUCUGUUUUGGAAAGAUCUGGUAUCUAUACUUUUCCAAUCAACAUAUUAGAAUAAUUUGACAUUAGAGAAGUAAAUUUCUCUCAUUUCGAAUUUAAAUGAAUUUUAUUUCAUCAGACCAUAGAUGUCAGUAAUUUAUCUUUUUGUAGAUUCAUUGUACAAUGGUUCAGAAUGGUAUCAAAAACGAGCUCUUUGAUUUUUUUCUUCAAGACAUUGGGGAACAUUUAUUGAGAGACGUAUGAAGAGAUUAAAGUGCCAGCAUUCUCCAGUGCCCUGAUGACUGAAAUCACUCCUGCAGUGUGGUCUGUCUGCCAAAUCCAAAAAAUUGUGUUCAGAAGCCAAAAAAAGGUCUUUCAUUAGUUACGAGAAUUAAGCAAUAUUUCUGGAAUGCCUUAAAUAACCAAAAAUACUGCCAUUUUACAUUAACUUUGCCUUGUCCUGCCACGACAUGAAUUUUGUAUGUUUUUGUAAUUUUUUCUAAAAGGCAGGUAAAAGAGGUAUUUUGUAAUGAGCAACUUUUAAUGGGAUUACUGACGAGUGCAAUGAUUUAUAUCGCUGUAGGGAUUGCAUACCAGCUGGUUACUGGCCUAGAAUCCAUGUAGAAUUUAUCAAGUGUUUCUCAAAAUGGUGUGAGGAUUUUGAAGUACUGUAAUUCCUGUUUUGUAACCUGAACUGCAACUAUAACUUGGAAGUCUUAACAGAAGUUGUGACUGUUGGGAUGGAACCAUGUUCAUUUUAAGUGUCGGGACAUUUUAAAUGGUACACAUCACAUUGUAGGAACUAUUUCCAUUUUUAACUGGAAUAGUAACUGAAGAGGUCAUGUUACUGAUUAGUGUGGACACUCUUUUUAAUUGAUUUAUGCAAUUUUGAUGGCUCACAUUUUGCUACCUAAUGUGUACAUCAAUAUCUCACUAUUUACUGAGAAGGUUGAGCUGUGUGGCAAUUAUGUAAUAAUGAGAACAUUACAGAAUCAUGGAAUUGUUACAACACAGGAGGCCACUCAAGUGUAAUAUUGAGUAUUGGCAUUCGAACUGUCAGAAUGGACUGAAAUUCUCGCUCAUCUAUUUCUGUAAAUCAGUGCUGUAGAUCAUUUAGUUCUGCAUUUGGAAAUGAAAUCAACGAAAGCAUGGAAUUCUGAGCAGAGCCCUUUAAGGUAUCAUGGACAUUGACAGUGAGCCUUUUCUACCCAGCAAUUUGUAAUCAUCCUGUAUUGCAUAGUGCAUUAAUUGUAAUACACUUAAUUCUUUUACAAAUAUCUAUUUUAGCCAAAAACUAUUCAUAUGAUUUUAAAAAUGAAAUGUGCUCCUUAUUUAAACACUUGUCAAGGGGAAAAGAAACCUAAUCUUUAAAAGUUACAUGCAGCUUCCUGGACACUAAAUGUAUUUUUGUACGUUUUUUUUAAAAAAGCAAAUUGUGUUGGUGUCAUUGGGAAGAAAAUUUUAAUUUUGAGGGUAAUGUACUGGCAGGUCAGGGAGCCUGAAGCCAGGUGUCUUUAGAAUGUCAUCAGAAUCACUGGUAGCUGAGUUAUAUGUCUGAAUCUGGAAACUCUCACCCCACAUCCAACCUGGGUGUUCCAUGUGCUUUGUAUUAGUUUAUUUAUUUCACAUUGUUAAUGCCAUUAUUCUGCCAUAUAUUUUAAUGUUGAGGGUUUUUUGUGCAAUGUUUGUGGCAUAUUUGUCUGUUUUUAGUACAUUAGUGAUUUCAUUAAUUUCCCUUGGGAUGUUGCCUUUUCACAAGAGAUUGUGGGCUUCAAAAUGAGAAAAAUUGGGAAUCUUGCACCAGCCUCCAAGAUAAAUUCAUUUUAAUAGCUUUGAAAUGUUUCUCCACUCCUGCCUUCAAAAAGAUCUCUGACCUGUUUUCUCCUCAUUAUUCUGUGAAGUUAUUGCAAAAAUAACCAUAGAACAGGUAGUGUGUGCGCCAUGGAUAUCUGCUGCCCCUUUGGAAGUAAAUUUUAUCUCCUUUGGAAGUUUAGGAACAGUUAGUGGUUGAACCUCAAAGCAAUAUAUCAUGUAGCAAUCAUUAUACUGAUUACAGAAUUGUUUAUAUAGCCAUUACCCUCAACUGUGUGUGUGUGUCAAUGUAAAAAUAAAAUAUUGCUUAAUGUG